AUGGGAAUCCCUGGAAUCAUGUCAUCAGAUAUACUAUUCAAAAUUGCAACUAAGGCGCGUGGCAUGGAUACUUGUAAUGGUGUGUUCUUGACUGUCGGAGUAGUGGAGACGAUCUAUCAAGAAAUUAGAAUUCAUAAUGAAGAAGAUGAUAUUUCUAGAGCUGAGAGAGAGUCAAUGGAGGUUGAGGCAAAGCCAAUCCCGGCCACCAAGUCAUCUAUUGAUGCAUUGGAAAGAGUGGUUUUUGACGGUUCGAGGUCGGCGAGAGAUUGCACUGUUUGUAUGGAAGAUAUUGAGGCAGGGAGUGAAGCAAUUCGGAUGCCGUGCUCGCAUGUUUAUCAUUCAGAAUGCAUUGUCCAGUGGUUGCAGACUAGCCACUUGUGUCCGCUUUGCCGCUAUCAUAUGCCCUGUGAAUUCUAA